CGACGGAAGAAGUAACGCGAUGCUUGGUAGCAUGGUGUCCAACGACAAAUUCUGCGGAAUUACAAAAUUCAGUGGAGAAGAUAAGACGUAUUCCUCGGCGAAGUGGGCCGCCGAUAUUGAAGAUAAUGCCAAGAUAUUCGGAUGGAGUGCCCGGCAGAAACUCAUUGUCGCUCGACAAUCGCUCGUUGGUACGGCUCAGUUGUGGCUGAGAUCAGAGGAGACGCACAAAACAUUUGAAGAACUAAAUGCCGCCUUACAAAACGAAUUUCCUGAUGCAUUAAAUAGCAAGGAAAUGCACGAGCAAUACAAGCAUAGAUACCCAGAAGAAGAAAAUGACAGCCAUAGACACGAAUCAUGCGAAGAAGAACUGAGUGACAGCCAAGAACUGACAAUGUCAAACAGCAGCUAUCAAGAAGUUGUAAACAAACAAGGUUUACAGAAUGAAAAGGAGGAAAAAAUAGAUAUUUGUGAAAAAUCUGUAAAUAUGUUGAUAGAUAACGGAAAUGACGUUAACCUUAUUGUAGACGAUGUAUAUAUUGUAAAAAGCGACGAUGAAAUGAAGACAAUGAGAGAUGAACCAAUCGAUAUGAAGGUUAUUCCCAAAGAUGAUAUCCCUGAAGCACACUGGCCAACGCAUAUAUCAUCGAUGGAACAGAUUUCAGUGGAGGAAGAAGUAGAAUGGUUAAGAGAGGGUAUAAUUCAAGAAAGUUACUCAGAUUAUUCUUAUCCUCUGGUGUCGGUGACAAGGAGAAAGACAAGGAAGGUGAAAAAGUUUAGAAAUCAAGUAGUACCGAGGCGAAGAAGGCGAGUGACAAACGAGAGAAGAAAAAUAAGAAGAGAAUCGAUACACGAGAUUAAAAAGAUGAAAGGAAAGAAGGAAAAGAAGAUGAAAAGAAAGAAGACAAGAAAGAAGAAAAGAAAGGAAGUGAUAUUCGGAGAAAGAAAGAUAAAAGUGAUGAACGAAUGAUGAAGAAUGUGUGUGUUUUAAGUUGUAAUGCCGUAUUUGUUUAUUAUUAUUAGUUAAGGUGUAAUGCCGUAUUUGUUUAUGUUUAUUAGUUAAGGGGUUAAUCAUUUAAGUUGUUUUAAAUGCACAUGCUGAGGGCAGCAUGUAAGCAGGAUGGCCGAGUUGUAGGAAUGGAGCAUUAUCAUUUAUUAUUAUUUGGAUGAACAGAGUGUGUGAAGAAAGGAAGAAAGCAUCGAUUGUCUAUGAAAGGAAGUUUGACUGAGAAAAGAUGGAGGAUUAGAAAAGGUUGUUGUGCUCGAAGAUAAAAUUGUUUUUUAAAGGAUGUGAUACUGGAAUAAACGUGAUUCAGUGAAA